GAUGGAGCGGCAGUAGCUGCAUACAGUGGCGCGAUCAGCGUUUGCAAGCGCCUUGCCCAGUGGCAGCAAGGCUUGCAGUUGCUCCACACCUUAGGUCCAGUUGGUCAGGCGGACUUGGUGGAUGCGUCCAACCUGAUGAGCUUCCCCUGGAGGUGGUCCUUGCUGCUGCAUGGGCCCAGGUCCGUUGCCGUUGCCAGCGCUGCUGUGCUGUCGGGCUGCUGUCGAGCUGGCAGCCUUGGGGCUCGGCUCCAGGCUUUGCAAGUGCUGAUCAACUUGCAAGUCGCUACUGAAAGAUGUGUACAGGAACACUUGUGCAAGCAGACUGCUGUGCUGCGCCUGGAAAGUGACACGUUGGCAUCUUGUGGGUAG